AUGUUAAAAAGCUGUGGAAACACAUCGGUGGCCAUUUCUGUAGGCAUUUCCCUUUUAGUACUCUUGGUGGUCUGUGGGAUUGGGUGUGUUUGGCACUGGAAACACCGAAACACCACCAGAUUUACUUUACCGAGGUUUUUGCAAAGGAGAAACAGCAGGAAAAAAGACUUAGCAAAAACCUUCUGCUUGAGUCCUCACAUUGUUGGCUCAAGGCCUAAAAUCUCAGCUGAAACCCAAAGCCACAGACCGUCUGUCAGGGGAACUAGGAUGCAGGCCAACUAUGAAAAUGUGGAAAUGGGGCCUCCCGAAGCUAACAAAGAAACUGACAAGGGACUCUACGAAAACACUCAGCAGAUCAAUUUCAAAGAGCACAUGUAUGGAAGUGAGACAUCCUGUGACUACUAUAACUUCCAGAAACCUGCUGCCUCUGAAGCUCAAGAUGAGGAUAUCUACAUUCUUCCUGACUCCUAUUAG